AUGACGACGCAGGAGACAAGUUUAAAACGAUAUAUUGAAGAACUUUCUACGACAAAUACAGAUUAUAAAUUUCCACAACAAGCGAUAAAUCAAGCUGAAUCAUUGAAGUCCUUAUCAAGUGAUUUAUAUACGGAUAAUAUACGAUUUAUUUACGAAUUAAUACAAAAUGCUGAUGAUGCUGCAGCGAAACAUGCUACUUUGGCAAUUCUCAACAAUAAAUAUUUAAUUAUUGCUCAUGAUGGUAAACCGUUCGAUAAAAAAGAUGUUCAAGGUUUAUGUGGUAUUAAUAAUGGUACAAAAAAGAAAGAUUUAGAUAAAACAGGUUAUAAAGGUUUAGGAUUCAAAGCUGUUUUUGGAAAAUCAAAUAAUGUUAUUAUUUAUUCAAAUGGUGAAUACUUUCGGUUUAAUUCUUCAUAUCGAAUAAAAUGGAAUGAACAAUGGGGAACUGAGACUCAAGAAAUAUGGGAGAAAGAAAAUGAUCGACAAUUUAUUUAUCCCUGGCAAAUCAAUCCAAUAUGGACGAAUGAAGAUGAAAUUCCAACUUUCAUUAUAGAUUUUUUUCGUUCUAGUAAAAUACCAAUUCAUGUUGCCAACAUUAUUUUAUUGAAUAAUGCUGCAGAAAUUUGUCAGGCUAUUGAACAGUUAAAACAACAACCACAUAUGUUUCUAUUUCUAAGACAUAUUUCUCAAAUGGCAUUUCGCACUGAAACUUCAGAUAUUGUAUCUAUUGAAUGUGACGCUAAUCAUGGUUCGAAAAAAAUUUAUUAUAAUCAAAAGAUUCAUUCACAAUGGAUUAUUAAACGACUUGAAUUAGAAGUGCCAAAAUUAAUUCGACAGAAAUUAAUUGCUGAUUGCAAAGUACCAGAUAAAUUACGUGGGAUAAAAAAAGCUGAAAUGUUGUUUGCUGCAAAAUAUAAAGAUUCUAUAAUUGAUGAAAAUGGAAAAAUAACCCAUACAAGUACGAUCGACAGAUUACAAGAUAAAGAAUCACAUUUAUUUUCUUAUUUACCUACAAAAAUUGUCGAUUAUACAUUUCCAAUUUUAAUAAAUGCGAAUUUUCUAACAAAUGCAAAUCGGGAACAGAUUCAUACAGAUUCGUCUUGGAAUCAAUGGUUAUUUCAAAAAAUAGGCAGCGAAAUAUUUCAAUGGAUAAAAGAGUUGGUUAGAAAUGAUCAAUUCCGUUUUGAAGCUUAUCGACUUAUUCCAAUGAAAUUGAAUUCAACAAAUAAUUGUUUGUCUGAACAAUUCGAUAAAUCAUUUGAUAAGGCCGUCAAAGAUUGUGACUUCAUUCUCGACAGAGAAAAUAAAAAACAAUUACGAGUAGAUGAAGUUAUUAUGGAUUUAACAUCACUGUCGAGACAAUCAUCUUUUAUAAGUACUAAUUCAAUGCGUCAAUAUGUUUGUUAGAUGCACUGCCUCUCUUUAAGAUGUUUAUUCGUUGAAUCGAG